AUGCCUGCCACAAUCGCGUUCUUCGGAGCGACGGGCGGUUCGACAGUAGCAUGUUUAGCUUUCGCCCUUGAAGCUGGCUACACCUGCUCUGCGUUGUCCCGCUCAUCCUCAAAGCUCCAAACCCUCCUCCUCGAGCGCAAAGUGCCCCAAUCCACCAUCGACAGGCACCUUACCAUCAUCCAAGGCGACGUCCGCGACUUACAGAGCGUAUCUCGCACACUCAGUGCGCCCUCCAAACCCAACGAUAAUGCCAACUCCCCUGUCGACCUCGUCAUCUCCGGCAUCGGCCGCCCUCCAAUCUUCUCCCCCAACCCCCUAAACCCAACCUUCGACGACCCCACCAUCUGCCAAGAUGCCAUCAGCACCAUCCUCGCCGCUUUGCGCAGCAUGCCUUGUUCGUCGAAGAAGCCGGUGCUGGUAGCCUUAAGCACCACCGGAAUUAGCUCCAAAGAACGCGAUAUCCCGCUGGCAAUGAUCCCGCUUUAUCACUGGCUACUUGCAGUGCCACAUAAGGACAAGAAAGCGAUGGAAGCUUUACUUCUUGCCGAAAUGGCCAAGCCCGCGGAUGAACAGGCGAUUAGGAAUUUCGUGGUUGUAAGGCCAAGCUUGUUGACAGAUGGACCGAGACUGGGGACGGGGAAGGUGAGGGUUGGCGAGGAGAGCAAGAAGCCUGCGGUGGGAUAUACGAUUAGUCGGGAGGAUGUUGGGGGUUGGGUGUUUGAUGAAAUAGUGAAGGGAGAUGGGAUGAAGAAGUAUGCGGGGCAGAUGGUUUCUAUCACUUAUUAG